AUGCGUCAAGGUGACGAGAGCGUGAAGUGUCCGCGUAGAGUCUGCAACCGAAUUCUCUCGAGCAAGCGAAAUCUGCGAGACCAUCUUCUGCGGCAUGACGGCUUCAAAGCGCAUUCGUGCUCUGUCUGCCCAAUGAGGUUUGUGACUUCGAUGGAAUUGAAAACUCAUCACCGCGUUCAUAGCGGAGAGAGACCCUUCUCGUGCUCGGAGUGUCCCGCCACGUUCACCCAGAGAAGCAAUUUGAUCACGCACUUCCGUACGCAUACGGGGGAGUCGCCGUUCUCGUGCCGAGAAUGCUCUGCCGCUUUCAAGAGUAAAUCCUAUCUCAAUCAACAUGUACGUCGCCACACCGGUGAGAGACCUUAUCGAUGCGAUGAUUGUGGGAGUAGUUUCGUUCAUCGAAGCUCUGCGAAGGCCCAUCAGAUGCGACACACAGGAGAGAGACCCCACGUCUGUGGAGAUUGCGGGAAAGGAUUCGUUUCAUCAGGUGCUCUAACGGUGCAUAGGAGGACGCACAUCGGAGAAAGACCCUACAGCUGUGCUGAGUGUGGAAAGAGAUUCUCCCAUGCCAAGACCCUCAGGAAUCAUUCAUUUCUCCAUAGCUCGAGAAAGCCUUUCGAUUGCCUCGUAUGUGGGAGGGAAUUCAUCCAAAAACGUGACUUGAGGCGUCACGAGGAGACGCACGCUGUCGAGACCGCACUGUGUUCAUAG